AUGUACGGACUGUGUGCUGAAGUUGGAGGGUUUUCAAAACCUUGUCCUGUUCAGCAUGAAGCUUUGCCUAUACUUGACAAACUAAGUAAAGAAGACAGAGAUGAAGUAUUAGAUAUAGUUAAAUUGCGUUGUCCUCAUUUGGUAUUCGAUGAGGAAGGUAACCAAAAAGAUGACGAUGAUAUUGUUGCCUGUUGUAACUCCAUACAAAUUAAGGGUCUACACAACAGUUUAAAUUUGGCUGACGGUGUCUUAGGACGUUGUCCUAUUUGCUUAAGAAACUUUGCUAGGCAAAUUUGUGAAAUGAACUGUUCUCCAGAUCAAUCCCGAUUUGUCAAUGUAACCGAGGAAACCGCUCCUGAUGGAUCCCAAUAUGUUAAUGAAGUAAACUAUAGACUUUAUGAAGACUUCAUGGUUAAUGCACACGCAUCAUGCUCCGGUGUAAUAGUACCACAGACCGGAAUGCCUGCUAUAAAUCUUAUGUGUGGAAAUGCUCCUGUAUGUGAUCCUGAAGCUUGGUUUGGCUUUACUGGUGAUACAGCCAAUAAUCCUUUGGCUCCUGUUCAAGUCAACUUUUAUAGAUGGCUUACAGAAGAAGAUUCAAUGAAUGUUCAUGCUCCAUUGUGCAAUGAAACCUUGGAGGGCGAUCUACCUUGUAGUUGUAUUGAUUGUUAUGCCAAUUGCCCAAUCACAGAUGCACCAAUAACUCCAGAUAUAUGUACUGUACUUUCUGUACACUGCAUCGGUUUUUCAGUGGGAAUAGUGUUUUUUACAUUAUCAGUUAUUGUAUUUACAAUUCUUUCAUUAUUAGAAUAUAGAAAAAUACGCAAAGGUUCGUUUAGUAAAGCAGACGAAAAUUACCAAUAUAAUGUUAAUUUUUUAACUAAACUAUUCCAAGAAAUUUUUAAAAGGAUCGGUAUAUUUUCCGCGAGUAACUCAAUAUUAACUAUAAUGUUCACAACAUGGAUAGCUUUUGCUAUGUUAUUUGGAAUUUUUAAUGUUAAUCUAACGGCCAACCCCGUGGAACUCUGGUCUGCCCCAGAAUCUCGUAGUCAUCAAGAAUUACUUUACUUUAACUCUAGGUUUGGUCCAUUUUAUCGAGCCGCUCAAGUAUUUUUAACAAUGAAAUUAGAGCCGUUUGUUGUCAAUAAUGUAAGCUACGGACCCGCGUUUAGAAUAGAAGCAAUACAAGAAUUAAUAACACUUGAAAAUGCAAUUCUUAACAUAGGAAGACAAGACGAUACAGUAACAUUGGAACAAGUAUGCUAUGCUCCUCUACGUCUCCCAGGGAAUGAACCAAAGAUAGAAGAGUGUGUAUCAAUGUCAGUAUCUACUUAUCUACCAGAUAGAAACAAUAUUAACAAUAACACAUAUCUUAACAACAUUCAGAACUGUCUUCACAAUUACCUUUCUCUCAGUUGUGUGGCCCCUUGGGGAGGUGGAGCUGAACCAGAAAUAUCACUUGGUGGCUACGAAGGUGAUAAUAUGUUACUGGCUGAUACUUUGCUAAUUAACUACCCCAUUACAAACCGUUUACUUGAAGAGGAAUUAGAACCUGUUUUAGAAUGGGAACAAAAAUUUAUAGAUUUAAUGCAUGAUUAUGAAAAAAAUUGGAAAUCUGAAUUUGUUGAAGUAGCUUUUGCAGCUGAAAGAUCUAUCGAAGAUGAAAUUCAAAGAAUAUCGGAAGCUGAAGCUAUACCUAUUGCUAUAAGUUAUUUACUAAUGUUUAUAUAUGUUAUUUUUGCACUCGGCAACAUAAGAAGUUUAAAGACAUGCUUCAUCGACAGUAAAGUUACAGUUGCCGUUUGUUGUAUUUGCGUAGUUGUAAUUGCUAUUUUUUGUUCUUUGGGAUUAUUAGGAUAUUGUAAUAUAACAGUUACUCUAUUAGCUAUAAACGUAAUUCCAUUCUUUAUUUUAUCCGUGGGUAUUGAUAACGUUUUCCUAAUGUUGAAGGAGCUCCAACAUAUUGAAAAUAAUUUGCAUAGCUAUGAAGACUAUAAAGAAGACUUUAGUUUUGAAAAGAAGCAUCUUUUUGUGUUUGGUAAGAUGAUGCAUAAUAUAGGACCGUCAAUGUUUGUAUCCUCUACUACACAAAUUACUUGUUUUGCUAUCGGUACUAUUUCUGGUCAACCGGCAGUUCAACAAUUUGCCAUAUUUGCUUCUUUUGCCUUAGGAUUCCUCUUUUUAUUCCAAAUAACGACAGUAGUUGCUAUAAUAUCAAUCGAUUAUAAACGUGUCCAAUCUAAUAGAUUUGAUAUUCUAUUUUGUGUUCAAAAAAAAAUAUUGAACGACCAAGAACCGCUACAUGCUAACAAACCAUAUCAAAGUAUUACUCAAAGACUAAUGGAACCUUAUUCUAGAUUUAUCUUAAACUGGCGAGUAAAAAUAAUAGUCGCUAUUGUGUUCAUGGCUCUUGUUUCCAUAAGCGCUAUUCUGAUACCACAAAUUGAAAUUGGCCUGGAUCAAGAAAUGUCACUACCGGCUGAUUCUUAUGUAUAUAAAUAUUUAGUAGCCGUAAAUGAAAUUUUACGUAUAGGACCACCAGUUUACUUUGUACUCAAAAAUGGUUUAAAUUAUACGAAUCCCGAUCAUCAAAACGUAAUUUGUGGUAGUAGAUUGUGUAAUGAUGAUUCGUUGGCAACACAAAUAUUUUUAGCAUCCCAAUUUAGUGAGACCACAUAUAUUGCUAAAAGUUCAAAUUCUUGGUUAGAUGAUUUCUUUGAUUGGACUAGUUUACCUGGAUCCUGUUGUAAAUAUAACACGACAUCAGGUGGAUUCUGUUCAAGCUCAAGUACCUCACCAGAAUGUGAGAAUUGUAGAAUUGAGAGAUCUUCUUUUGGGAAUGGAUUAAGACCAGCAGGCGAAGCGUUUAAUGACUAUAUUCCGUUCUUUUUACUCGAUAGACCAACUGAUAGCUGUAACAAAGGUGGUUUGGCGAGUUAUUUUAGCAAUGUUAACUAUUUGCUUGAUUCACAAGGCAAAGCUUCGGUGUAUGAUACUAAUUUUAUGACAUAUCACACUAAUUUGAGAAACUCAAAGGAUUAUAUAACUGCUAUAAAAUAUGCAUAUGAGAUUAGCGAUAAUAUCACAGCAGCGAUAUAUAAAAAUACUGGCUUAGAUGUUGAAGUUUUUCCAUAUUCCGUGUUUUAUAUAUAUUUUGAACAGUAUUUAUAUGCUUGGAGAGAUACAUUUACAGCGUUAGGCUUUUCUCUUUUAGGAGUUCUAGUCAUUAAUUUAUUUGUAACGGGAUUUAACUUUUUAAUUACUUUUGCUUUAGUUGUCACCGUAGUAAUGGUUAUCGUUGAGAUGAUGGGUAUUAUGUAUAUUUGGAAUAUACCUCUUAAUGCUGUUUCCUGCAUAAACUUAAUUGUGAGUAUAGGUAUAGCGGUAGAGUUCUGUAGUCAUAUCGCUUAUUCGUAUGCCAGUAGUAAGAGUCCGCCGAGUCAAAAAGUAAGCGAUGCUAUUAAGAGCGUGGGGGCUACAAUCAUAACUGGAAUAACUUUUACGAAUAUCCCAAUAGUAGUUUUAGCUUUUUCAUACACAGAUAUAAUUGAAGUAUUCUUCUUUAGAAUGCUUUUUAGUUUAGUUGUUUUAGGAUUUCUUCACGGAAUGAUAUUUUUCCCUGUUUUAUUAAGCUAUUUAAACGACUUAAAAUAUCGAUAA